AUGCCACCUCUACAGUUACGCCAAGAAUUCCCUUCUUUGAAAGCUUUUAAAGAAGCGUUACAUGCUUGGGCUAUCGAAGCACAUUUUGAACCUAGGAUUUUGAAAAGUGAUACUGGGAGAGUUAGGGUUGGGUGUAAGAGAGAUCCCGAAUGUCCGUUUGUGGUGAGAUGUAAUUGGGAGAGAAGAGGUGGGAGGGAACCAUUGGCUAGGGUUACGGUUUUGAGGGAGAGACAUACUUGUUUGGAUGAUUUGGUUAGUGUUGGACAUCCGGGUGCUGGGGUUAGAGUUGGGGUUAGGGGACAGAUUAAUGGGGGAUUAGCGUCGGGAAAUGGGAGUUGGGAUGGGAAUGUGGGAGGGAUAUCGGUAGGGAUAGGACAAAAUGGAAAUGGAGGAUUAGAUGGAGUAGGUAUAGGGAUGUCGACGGGAAUGGUGGUUAGAAAUGGAGAAGGGGAAAGUGGACAUAUUAUACCCGGAGCGAGAGUUAUUGAACAACAUAAUGGGGGGAGUAAUAGUGGAAUGUCAAUACCAGGACAGGUUUUACCGGUUCUACCCAAAGUUCAAAGGAAUAGUGCGAGUCGAUUACCAUUUUUGAUGGGGAUUUUACCUAAAUUAAUGACGAUUACGAAAGAAACUACACCAGUGGAGAUUAGGGAUUGUUUGAUGAGGGAAUUUGGUGCAGAGGUACAUUUACAACAAUGUAGAAGGGCGAAGACGGAAAUUUUGAAGAAAGGAGGAAGUGGGGAUGAGGGAGGUAGUGGACAAGGGGGGGGAACAGGUAGUGAAGGAACGGUAGGAAGCGGGAGUGGGAGUGGUGGAAGUGGAAGCAGCAAUGGAAAUAAUGGCAAAGGUAGUGUACAAGGAAGCAACAACAAUAUACCACCAACCCAAGUCCUCUUCCCCGAAACAAACAACCACGCAAACGGAACCAACAAUCCCGUAAACACAUCCAUGAAUAACGGUCCAUCUACAUCCACAUCUACACCUCAAAACACAAACAGAAUCGAUGCCCCCAUGCCUCCUAAUGCAAAUACAAAUCCAAUCCGAACAGGCAGUAGCGCAAGUCCCCAACAACCAUUCAUAUUACACACAGCACAAGGAAUCGUAACACCGGCUGUUAUAUCAGAAAGAAAUGAUUCGUCGUCAAUGCAAGUCGAGCAACCGAUUCGUUGUCCGUAUUGUAUUAAUCAGAGGUGGUUGAGGAGUAUUAAGGAUGCGGUGGAGCAUUUGAGAUAUAUGGAUUUUAUUUUUAUAAUAUCGAAACAGCAAAAGGGGGUUGAUCGUGCUCCUGGUCCUGUUUCUGGUAUGGGAGAUGGAGAUGAGGGUGGAGAUAGAGAUUUUAUUAUUGGAUUGGAUGGGGAAACGAGUAAAUAG